AUGUCCCACAAAGAAGACCCCCAGAUCCUCCAUGUUGAUGCCCCCAAGCACAAGCUGUACGCGCUCGUCACAUUCAAAUACAAUUUCAAGCACCUCGUAGUCUCCAUCGCAGUAUGUGCCUCAAAGCCGGAGACGCAGCCACUCCCUUACUCAACCUUUACACCGGAUCCCCGCUUCCCUAUCUACUCGGCAGCCGAUAUCCAGGUCCUUUACGACUUUGACAUGACCGGUGGGGGACCCGUGUGCAAAGUCCUCAUCGAUGGACAAGUUAUGGUGUCCAAAACGCCGCAGCGAGGCCUCCAGCACGACGAGCUCAGGAGGGAGAUGGCAGCCCUAGUCAUCACCUACGACGCUGAGGGGAGGUUGGGCAUCGAUAUUGCCACACCGGAUCUCGUCGGCUACGUGAAGCACGCCGAGACGGGCGUCAUUAUCGGUUUCGUGCGCGAAUGGAUCCAGUCGUCCCGUCGCGGCGCGACCCUCGCCAAGGUCAACAUGGCCAGGGUACCUCUCGACACGAGGCAGAAGUGGGCAGACCAGAUUGAAGACACAUUGGAUAACUUGCACAGCAUCGAUCUCCUCUGGGGUGACUGCAAGCCCGACAACGUUAUUGUUGAUAAAGCGGAAGACAUUUGGCUCAUUGACUUGGGUGGUGACUACGCCUUUGACUGA